AUGCGUGAUGGGUCCCCAGAUGCUGCUUUUACUGCCGGCAUGUACCGGCAUGGCGGAGUUGUUGGGCUACGCGCCUCACGGCAUGACCUUCGCGCGUCGAUCCAGGCGCUGACGGCUUAUGUUCGUCAGUGCGAUGCUUCACACGUCUUCACUUCGGUCGCAGUCUUCUUCAACACGGCCUCGCCGCCGCAUCGUGACACUCAGAACGAAAAUACGCCUAAUUUGGUCUUGAAGUUGUCUUCCUUUUCAGGGGGAGGUCUUUGGAUAGAGGAUUCUUGUGGUUCCGUCGAACGGUUGGUUUCGGGUAAGCCCACUUUGGGAAAAAUCUUGAACUUUCAGGAUGGCAAAUUGUAUGUGCAGGCACGGGAGAAAUGGCAUGCCACUGAGCCUUGGGAGGGCUCACGAGUUGUCCUUGUUGCGUACAAUCUCGGCUGUGCUGCCCAGCUCUCUGCUGACAAUCGCACGGAUCUGUGUUCCCUUGGCUUUCAGCCCCCACGUUCCGUGGGGGAUGUAGCCUCACCUCCAGGUGACAAGCCAACCAUACUCGAAGUGUUCAGUGGCACGUCCCGCACUGCCGCGGCUGCUCGCCGGCGCGGCCUUGAAGCUCAUGCCUUCGAUCACACCCUGCAACCCGUGAAAGACGUCGGUACAGCCAUCAAGAGUUUCCGCGACGCUUGGCUAUCGAUGGACCAGAUCAGAGCCUCCAUGAUGCAGUCUGUCCUGCAGAUGGUCAACGAGCGCCGGGCGCUUGCAGCGGCCUUGGCCGGGGCUGGCGCAUCUCUUCUCGCCAUCAAGCUCCUCCUCCAAUCCCGGCCUGAGCGAUUUCGGCAGGUUCCAGGAGUGUGGCUCCUCGGUGUCCUUCCGGAAACGUGCUACGGCAAGGCACUCACGGAGAAAAUCGCUGAGUGGUCCGACAAAUAUGGCGAGGAGGGCGUGUUUGAGUACAACCUCGCUGGCUGGCGCACAGUCUGCUGCUGCAGCUGGGAACAUGCCAAGGUGGUUCUCGGUCUCCGCCCUUUUAAGAUGGAGAGGUUCAGUGCAUUUGCAAAUGUUACCUCGCUCGCCACGGGCAGCUUCUUCUCGGAGGGAGAGCGUUGGAAGCGCGAGCGGCGAAUCCUCUCCCCCGCCUUCAACGCCAAGAACGUGGAGAGCCUUAUCCCCGCUGUGCAGUGUGUGGCAGAGCAACUCCUUCAGGAGAUCGAGAAAGAUGUUUCAGCCGGAAAGGAAGUGGACUUGACAGAGCUCAUGCCCUUGUACACGGCUGAUGUCAUUUGCAAGACUGGUCUUGGACAUGAGCUCAACUUGUUGCAGGCUCGUAGCCCGGACCUCAUCGAUGAUAUGAAGGUUCUCGCAGACGCCGUGCAGACGCGCAUGUUCGCCCCCUUCCCUUACUGGAAGGUUCCGGGUCUGGCACCGUGGAUUGAUGACGGAGACAAGAUGAAGAAGAAGUUUGACCAGCGCGCUGAGGAGACCAUGAAGUUGGCCAACAGCGGUGGCAAGAGCAUCACGGAGAAGCUGAGGGCAAUGGAGGGUGACAAGUUCACAAACCGGGAACUCCUGGACAACAUCCUCGUCUUGCUCAUUGCCGGGACAGACACCACGAGCACGGCCUUGGGCUGGGUUUUCUACCACCUGUCCAAGGACCAAGCUCUGCAGAAGCAGGUGGCCGAGGAAGUCCGCUCUUUGCCGGAAGGAGAACUUUCCACGGAGCAGAUGGAGUCGCUACACAUGGUUCGUGCAGUGUGGUUGGAGACUCUUCGGACCACGGGACCAGCGGCCUUUCUUUGCUUCGAGAACAACGAAGAGUUCACACUGGCGGGCAAGAGGCAGCCACCUGGAACACAGUUCACCGUUCCGAUGCAGUACCUCAUGAUGAACGAUCCUGAAGUCAAGACGAAGCUCGGUAAUGACUUGCGCAGCUACCGCCCUACCCGAUGGCUUGGGCCCGAAGGCAUCAUCAAGCAUCCGCCCUUCGACACGCUGCCUUUUGGGCACGGGCCUCGUAUCUGUCUCGGGAUGCGGCUCGCGGAGUACGAGGGCUUGCUUGCCAUCGCAAGAGUUGUCCAGAAGUUUGACUUCAUGCCGUAUGAGAAGCCGGAGCCUGAAAAGACCCUAACCUUUACAGCCAACAACCCAGUUGAGCACAUCACCAUUCGCGUGCGGCCACGGACUUGGUAA